AUGGAGAAAGGACCUUAUUUCAUAUAUGGUAAACCACUGUUUAUCAAAUACUGGACUAUUGAUUUUGAAUUGAAAGCUGAUCUCCUUAGUGUAUUACCCCUGUGGAUCACACUGCCAAACCUGCCACUCCAUCUAUGGGGGAAAAAAAGCAUAUCCAAGAUUACGAGUGCUAUAGGGAAACCAAUUACAACAGAUGAAUGCACGGCCAGGAAAUUGAGGAUUUCGUAUGCUAGGGUGUUAGUGGAAGUGGAUAUCACUAAACCUAUGAAGGAAUCUGUUACUAUAAAGGAUCAUAGUGGUAGGGAGUGGGCACAACAUAUUGAUUACGAGUGGAGACCUAAAUACUGUCAAAUUUGUUUGAAAAUUGGGCAUGAUUGUGAGGCCAAGAAGGGAGAAAUGCAACAAAAUCCUCAACAGAAGGUGUGGCAACCUAGAAAGAAGCCACCUGAAGUAACCCUUGAAGUGAAGAACAACCUUGAGAGUAUCACUGAAGUUCCUAGUUUAUAG